CACGGGGAAGCCCCCCGGGGGCUCGCGCGCGCCGAAGCCCCUUUGUGGACUCCACGGCUGCCCCCAUCGGGGCGCCGCGCCUUCGCCGCCUCCGCCGCGCCUGGGGGACCCGAGGAGGCGCAGCUCCAAGGUCGGAGACUUCGAUUCGGGACCAGCCCCCCGGGAUGCGGUAGCGGCCGCCGCGCGGAGGCCGCGAAGCAGCUGCAGCCGCCCCCGCGCAGACCCCCGCGGGCUCCGUGCGCCAUGGUCACCCACAGCAAGUUUCCCGCCGCCGGGAUGAGCCGCCCCCUGGACGCCAGCCUGCGCCUCAAGACCUUCAGCUCCAAGAGCGAGUACCAGCUGGUGGUGAACGCCGUGCGCAAGCUGCAGGAGAGCGGCUUCUACUGGAGCGCCGUGACGGGCGGCGAGGCGAACCUGCUGCUCAGCGCCGAGCCCGCCGGCACCUUCCUCAUCCGAGACAGCUCCGACCAGCGCCACUUCUUCACGCUCAGCGUCAAGACCCAGUCGGGGACCAAGAACCUGCGCAUCCAGUGCGAGGGGGGCAGCUUCUCGCUGCAGAGCGACCCGCGGAGCUCGCAGCCCGUGCCCCGCUUCGACUGCGUCCUCAAGCUGGUGCACCACUACAUGCCGCCCCCGGGCGCCCCGUCCUCCUCCUCCUCCCCCUCCCCGCCGACGCCGGCCCCCGCCAACGCCGCGCCCUCCUCCGGGGCGCCCGCCCCGCCGCUCCCCGGGAGCACCCCGCGGAGAGCCUAUUACAUCUACUCCGGGGGCGAGAAGAUCCCCCUGGUGUUGAGCCGGCCCCUCUCCUCCAACGUGGCCACGCUUCAGCACCUCUGCCGCAAGACUGUCAAUGGUCACCUGGACUCCUACGAGAAAGUCACCCAGCUGCCCGGACCCAUUCGGGAGUUCCUGGACCAGUAUGACGCGCCUCUUUAAGGAGCACCACCGGGCGGCGGGGUCAGGAGAGGGGGCCCCCCCUCCCCUCCCGUGGCACUUGGCACAAGCACA